CCUCAGCUGUCAAGUAUAGUGAAAUUUGUGGCAAGUUGAUGUUUUGGAUAAUAGAUAGCAUCGAAGUUUAGUAAAAUGACUUCUGGGGCUCUCUGUCGCAUGUGUGUAGAGGAAGCAGAACCACUAAUCGAUAUUUUCGGCGAUUUCGGACGUGAACAACAAAUCGGACAGAUAGUAGCUCAACACUUCUGGUUCGAGGUGAGAGAAGACGAUCCUCUGUCAGAUAAAAUGUGUACAGAUUGCUGGAGCAAACUAGUAGAAUUCCACAGCUUCUAUUACCAAGUACAGAAAGCCCAAGAUCGAGUUACCAUGGUUGUAUUAGAAGACCAGAAAGAAGAUCUCGUUCAGCUGCAGGACGGCUUGAGAUCCCGAAUUAUUAUAACCAAUGGUGGUGAUGUUGGUGUUCUGGGUAACUUCAAUACUCAAUUCGAUUACGAAGAAGACGUUAAGUCUGAAAGCGGUCAAGACGAAGAAUAUGACGACAUCGCGAGUACCGGGAACUUGCCACAUCCAUUGUCUACUGAGAGUGAAACCAUAGUUCAAAUCCAGAUGAUUCCUCAAAUAAAAAAUGUAGUAGAUAUAAACCUUUCGACAGAGCUGGAAGAGUCUAUAGAGUUAAGUCCAGCGGAUGAAAUGAACGAUAACUCAACACCAUUAAGCGAGAUUGCAGACUCAGCGGUCGAAAUUUCGAACCCCCCAGGAAAUACAAUCCCUGACUCACCUCCGGAAUUAGCUUUAUCGCGGUCUACUGUAACAAAACCUUAUCAUCGGAAAAGGUCGAAAAAAUGCACGCGCAGUGAAGAGAACAUUGCCGGAUCCGAUUAUAGUUGUCUGGACAAAUGUCCAACCAAAAAAAGGAGUAUCAAGUCCCGGCUGAAGCAAGGCAUCACUUCCGUGAGGAAAGAAAACAAUGAGGAGCAAAAGGAGCGGGAGAUCGAACUGAUUGAGUCUUAUUACAGAAUGCAAUGUGAUUUGUGCCACGAGGACUUUGGAAAAUUCCAGGAGUUGUUUGAUCAUUAUCUCGAAAUUCACCAGUUCCGCGGAUUCAUCGUGUGCUGUGGUAGGAAAUUCUUUAGGCGACCAGUGAUUGCAGAGCAUGUUCUCUGGCACACACAACCAGAAGAUUUCACUUGCGCAACAUGUGAAACGAUUUUCGCAAAUAAGAGGAGCUAUGAUAAUCAUAUGCUUGUCCACGCCCCGCCUGAUGUUCAACUAUAUCAAUGCGAACACUGUCCGAAGACCUUUACCAAAAAGUUCAAACUCGAUAAACAUAAACUAAGUCAUCUUACAGACGAGGAAAAACAGUACAUUUGCGACGAAUGCCAUAAACCAUACGCAUCGGACGCCUUGUUGCGGGCACACAAGCGGGUCGUCCAUCGUCAUACGUAUGCACAUAUGUGCGAGAUUUGUGCGAGGGUUUUCAAAAGCCGUGUAUUCUUUGAGAAACACCAGCUGGAACACCUGGGGCAGAAUCUGCCAAAAGUACAAUGCCCAAUUUGCGAAGCAUGGAUGAAAAAUGAACACACUAUGCGUGCUCACAUGCGAAAUCAUCAAGACGAGGGUCAAGAGCAUCAGUGUGAUAUCUGUGGCAAAAAAGGUCCGUCCCGAAACGCGAUUGCGAAACACAAACGUUUCGUUCAUCUGAGCGAACGCAAGUUCAAAUGUACACUCUGUGAUAAAGCAUUCAAACGAGCUAUAACUUUGAAGGAGCAUAUGACGGUGCACACCGGCGAGGUUUUGUAUACGUGUACAUUUUGCCCGAAAACAUUCAAUUCCGGGGCGAAUAUGCAUGCACACCGAAAAAAGGCCCACCCGACUGAGUGGUUUGAAGAGAAACAAAGUAAGUUAGAGCUAAUGAAACCUGGCGAAGCAAAUCUGUGACCUAGUGUAGCGAUUCCAAAAUAUAUUUAAGGUACGCAUUAUUUGUAAACAAAUAAGCAUUAGAUAACUGCAACUGUUGUAAAUCAUGUGCCCCGGGACUUAAAACAGUUAUAAAAACCAAUAAACAAUUUACUUUUA